CAGCUCUUCAAUCUAUCGCAGGUUCUACAAGGAAACCCGAUUUUUUUGAGCGUACUAGAAGGGAAACAACUAAAGUCUUAAUUUGAAAAGGACAAUCGUGACACCUCCGACAGAGUCCGGCGCGACGUCUGUCGUGCAAGACGUCGACAACCAGGCUUCCAACGUGUAGUCUACUGCGGUUUUGAGAGUACACAUCACCAACACCCCGGUCAUCUGCUGGGCCGGCCUUUCCAAGAAGAAGCAUCGCUGGUCGUGCUGGUCUACAGCAUCAACUUCGCGGUCAAUUGUCCAGGAGAAAAGCAGCAGCAAUAUGAGUAGAAAGUCGGAGGCUGUACUAUCUUCGUAAGAACUUCUUCGAACCGAGGCGGGGCACACAUUACUGAUCAGCAGGUUUUUACACCAUCGCGAGCUCGCCCUGCAUUUUCAAUAUUUCCGAAUAUCACCAUGUCAGCGUGUAGCUGCUCUCCCAACCCUACUAGCAGCCACGUGGGCCGCGACGUCCGACGUCCUUCCGCCUAUUCGGAAGCGGGAAGGCUGUUCUCAACCAGCACAUCGCUCCCACGAGGAAUGACAACUACAUUUUUACCGCGGUGGGAGGAAGCUGAGACGAACAAUAGCUGCGAUACUUUUUCGCUUCAGAAAAAUAACCGCUCUCUUGUCGAUACGAAGAACAACCAGGAAAACAGCAGUGUUGCAGCUCCAGCAACAGGAACUAAAUUAUCUUUGUCGUUGACUUCCUCUUCCAGAAUCAAACGCCACGAAGGACGAGCCGCACGGGAACAAGAGGAGCUCGGCGAUGGUGUGCAGCUGCUUCACGAACUAGCUAGUAGAAGAGGUUCUUGCACGACGACGAGUGUGACCACGACGACAUCAUCAACACGACUACACGAACAGCGAGGAGAGCUGUGCACGACCUACCUGAGGACGCAAUGUGGGAAGUCUAGCUGUGGCGCAACAACGGCUCCUGGUGCAACUACGGCGUUCCGUAGUACUAGUUCUCGUUGUUCGUGUUCCAUUGCUACUGCGGCUGCAAAAAUGACUACAACAGUAAGUAGUGACCGAGAAGAAGGUAGUUCUGGACCGGCUUCCGCUUCUUUUUCUGCACCAGUCGCUGGUCCUCCUUCGGCAGCUUGUAGUACGACAAGCAGAUUGACGUCGUCACAACUAGAACUACCACGGAAAACUACUGCAAGAAUGGCGGAGCCGCGACCGACAUCGGCGCCAUCAUCUCUAGCUGGAACAAGCAGCUACAAUUGCGCAGUUGUAAACAAGGUGGGUCAACAGAGGGCAGGACGAAGUAUGGCUGAACCGCAACUAGCAGAUACAACACAAAGUAGUACGGAGAAGAGGAAAGCCAAAGGGAAAGCACUCUUUGGUACAACUACUAGGAGCGCAGCAGGCACAGCCAGUAGUUGUAGAACAAGUGGAUCACAAACAUCAUUUCUGAAUUUGAACAAAGCAGCCGGGCAACAUCAUGCGGGCCGCAAACGACAUGGUGAUGGUCGUGCUGCAUCCGUCAAGAACAUGGCAUCUCCAUCUUCUGGCGCUGAAGAAAAAAUGAGUUUCUGCCGUCCUUGUGCUUGUGCUUGUUCAACACCAGCGACGGCGGGCAGCACCUGCUCAGCAUCAACAUCUUCAUCCUCGAGCAGGAAUUCCUUCUUUCUCUCCGCGUAUGAACUGCAAAAGUAUCGUAUUCGUAUAAAUUGCAUAUACAAAUUUCCUCAGCAUGGGAAAUAAAAACUGUAAUGCGGAUUUCCCUUAAGAAAAAAAUUUGUAGUCGUGCAUGAGUGCAAUACAAACAAGUACGAUACUUUUGCAGUUCAUACCGCGUCGCUCCGUACGAUUUUCGCCACGAGCGUCGGCAUGCUACUUUUCCUCCCGACGCAGGUUCGCUUCGCGGCAGCAAAUAUGCAUUGCAAAUAUAUCUGGAAGGAUGCAAAGUAAAAGUUUGCCAUGGUAGUCUGGCAUGAUCCCACUCAGGUCCUCUGUAUUGCGUGGCCAGCAAGAACUCCUCUUGUCUGUCAUGCAAAAACGCUGUGUGAUUUCAUUUUUUUCAUGCGGAAUAUUACGCAACACGGGGACACGGGUAAAUCUGUCAUGCUUCGCGGUGCAUAAAACUUGCAGUGUGUUUUCUAUUCACUGAGAUGCAUCACAACGUUCCAGACCUAGAGAUAUUUGUAUGCUGUGCAAAAGUAUCGUACUAGUGUAAAUCGCAAUACAAAUUGGCUCAGCAUAUGGCGGGAGCAAAGUGAUAUUUUUGAAAAUAAUAAAAUUUUAACCAAAGGUUGAGGCUCCGGAUGAUGAGGGCAGAUUCUCGGAAAGAAAACGAAAAAAAUUUUCCAAGUUGAAUUUUUUCCAGCGCCUUCGCGCCGGGCGACCUUAUUGGGCCACAUCUUGAGGCGUUAGCCGAUCGGCCACAAUUGGCCCCGUUUUCUAUGAUUAGCGUCGGCCUGCGAAUUUGACCUAGGCGCGAAGACAUCGGGCUCCACCUCCUUUCUGGGUGGGGCGUCGCUAGACAUUGUAGCGCAGCAUUUCUUCAGAAAUGCGCCACAGGGCGGGCUUUGCAGGCAAUAACAUGGCCCGCCCACAGGUUUUCUGAUUUACUUUUUGCCACCCCCAAAAAAGCUCGGAAAAAUUACCCACUUUCAUACCCAUCGCAAAAAAUGCGUCAAACACGGGCGGAAAUUGAAGAGUUUGUCGCUCGCCGAAAAUUUUUUUGGAAUUUUUUUGGAAUUCCUUUGAAAUUUUUUUUUUGAAAAAUCGAUUUUUCACAUUUUGCAAAAUUCCCGCUUUAGCAUGAGUCGAACACGUGAUAGCGUGCGGAUUGGGGACAGUCGUUGUCGAAAACGCACGGAGCGCGCGACUUUCAAGGAUUUCGCAUGUGGUUGCUUGUGUUUUCUUCCAGGCCUGAAGCACGAGAAGCCCGCUAGUCACAUUCAAGCCAUACUGUUGCUCGUGUGUGAGGCUUGCGCGCAAUUUCUUUUCGGCCCGCCCCCAAACUUUUGUCCUGCGUUGGAAAUAUUUCGGUUUUCUUUCAAGCCCAAUCAUAAUCGGGGUCCCGGAACUUCAACAAAGGGUAAAAAUGCAUACUACGAUGGGACUACCUAAUUACAUUUUUAUGAUAUGCAUAGCUAGGCACCAUGUUAAAGUAGCUAGCUAAGGAAGGUCCGGGGCCGGCCCUUCGACAUCGUCUUCCACGACCUGCUGCUCCACGGCUGUGCCCACAGCCGUAACCGACCGGGCCGCCCUUCCUCCGUGCUGAUGCCGCUCCGCCGGACCUUCCUUAGCUAGCUAGCUUAAUCAUAUAGUUAAUUGGCGCCUUUUAUAGAUGGUUUUACAGUGUGCUAAAUGCAAAAGCCUAAAUACCCAUCGAUCAAAAUUUUAUUAUUUUCAAAAAUAUCACUUUGCUCCCGCCAUACAGCAUUACAAAUUAAAUUUGUAAUGCUGAUUUACCUUAGCAACUAGAUUUGUAAUGCAUAACUGCAAUGAGUACGAGUACGAUACUUUUGCAAUGCAUAAUUUGCAGUGGAUAGCAAAUUUCGUCCCGGACUUCGAGGUCUUCGGGGAAAACGACGAUCACGCACGGCUUAUGGAAUGCAGAUAUGUCUGGGUCUCGAAGGAUGGAACUUGUGAUGCUACCUUUGGAAUCUAAAAAAAUCUGUAUUGCAUGAGCAGCAAGAAGAGUCAGGCUGUUCUUUUUUCUACUUGGAGACGAAGUUGGUUCUCCGGCGGAAGAGGCAUGAAACCGCCUUCAAAAAAUCUGUGAUAUUACUCAGGCAUGCAUCACAGACAUCAUGGGUCAUGUACUAAAUAAAUAUACAUGACACACCUCGCAGGCAUCCUUCCAGACCUAGACGUAUUUGCAAUGCAUACGACUGGCGCCGGAACUACGACCGACCGCUCUACUAGAACAAACAGCUCCAGGUCCAGGUCCAGCUCCUUCACCCGGUAAUGCGAAAGCGCCGGCACAACAGCAAGCAACCGUGACGGAUGAUGAUGUCUUUUCAAAUGUGACUAAUGUCGUCAAGGGCCAAAAACACUACGAUGGCGACGCGGAGUAUGGGAUUGUCAGGAUCGAAAUCGACAAAGUUGAAAUAACUUGUAAUGCAUAAAAUUAAAAUCGAUACCAGUUGGAAGCCCAGUUUUCAAGCGGCGCAUGACAAAUUUCGGCACCAUCUAAAUCCAGUUUGUCAUGCCGUUCAGGGACAGAAGGCGUCUUUUGUCCUGCUACUUUAGCAGCUCUAGCGCACCAGACCCCAAACAGGCUGACAGUCGGCCUCACUUGCCGUCCCUGCAAGAGAGGCACUUCAUGCCUUGCAAUUUAUGCGUGAGAAAUUAUUUCAACGUUGACGAUUUCGAUCCUGACACACCCAUACGGCGACGGCGCUCGACAACGGCAUGCCCGACUUGGUCAAGCAGGAGCAGAAAGAUUUGUCUCUCUCGGGGCAGUAUGAACUGCAAACGUGGUUGGGUCUGGAAGAAUAAAAGAACAAGAAACUACCUGUAUUGCGCACCAUUUCGUUUUCGAAUCACUCCUGAAUCUGUGCAUAACAUUUUUCAUGCUUAUUUGCUGCGACGUGCAGUCUGUUACCAUUACCGUCUCCCAUCUGCAUCUUGGUACUGGAGAGGCUAGUCUAUAGAAGGUUCUUCCAGACCCUGAUAUGUUUGCAGUGUAUAGCCAGAUCCGGUCCUUGGUUGAGCAGGAGAAAAACGCCAAAACCUGUUUAUGAGACUCUCGAGCGUUACCUUGAUAUUGUUUACUGCAAUACAUUACUUGUCAACAUGUUGAUGUUGCAAAUUUGCUAUCACCCUCCACACGAUCAAGUUACUCCGCAUGGCAAGCUCUCGACGCCCUGAAUAGCUGCAUUCGAAUCCGUGCCUAAUCUGUGAUGCACGAGGACGCGCAAGCGCAAGCCCGAGGUCCAUGCAGUUCGCUUUUUGCUAGUCUUGGAUUCUGGCAAAAUCAUGUAAGUAACGGCGACCAAUGUAGUAAAGUUUGAGACGAGUCUUCCAUACUGUCACAAGCAUCCCUGCACACUCGUUGGGCUGAAAAUCAACGAGAAGGGGAUCGUCGAUAAAGGUGGCAUAUCAAAUGUAAAAAUGUCUGGGUCUGGAAACUUGUGAUGCUGGGUGGCGUAUCAUGCGGAAGCCAUAAGUGCUGGCUCAGCAUGACAAGUUUCUGAGCUUCUAGGUGUUGCCUAUUCUGCAUGACAAACUGCGUUUUUGCAUGACAGGAAAUUGGGGCUCUUGGGUAACCUGCAUGACAGAUUUAAGAGUCAUGCCAGAGAAGCAUGACAAAUCGCGCAUUCUUCCAGACCCAGACAUUUUUACAUUUGAUAUGGCAGCCACGACCUGAAGUACACACUAGAUGCAGACAAAAAAUGCGGUAUCCACCGAAGCAAAAACGUACCGACCCGGUUUAGUACUUUGCAUUGGCAAGAACUGCAACAAAUGUGCGAUGCUCAUGAUCCUGGAGCCGGUGUCAUAGGAGCUUUCUGUGCUCCUGACUGUCUCUCGAUUAUAGUGAAGAUCACUUUGCCGCUGAAAUUUUUAUGCCGCCUACUAGAGUUCUUCUUCUUUGUCGAGGAGGAGAAAAAUUAAAAUGGCUACCGUUUCGUCCAGCUGCAGCGUUGUAAAGUGACAGCGAUGUUGUUGCCCGACGAUCCUUGUUAGCUUCCCAAGAUUUUGAUGAACAUGAGAAAUAUCAUGUGGUUGGUACGUUUUUUCACAGAAUGAGGGGCACCGACACCGAGGCUGGCACCUCGUGUGACGACCUGUGUUGUUCCUACGUGUACUGUAUCAUCCGCAAAAGCAUCGCCGCUACGUAGUAAUGCUAAUGAAUCGCACACCAGCUCAACAUGCGUGAAAUACAUAUAGAUGCAUCUACUCAUCUACUAUCUUGCGUAUAAUGAACAGAUUCCGGCGCAUGAUGUUGACAUGAUCUAGCCUAGCUUUGACUCUGAAAAACGUUGUCAUGCCGUCACCGCUAGUGCGCCUACAUGAUAGAUUGCUUUUGCACGGCAUACACUGCAUCACGCAGCUCGACGACGUGAUUGCGGACUUCAUGUACCAGGGUAUGAGUCUACCCUGUGUUAAAACUACGUCCCAUCUACUUCCCAGAGUCAAGAUGGUGACUUUGCAACACAAAUCAACAAGAAGGUUUUGCUGGUGCGCAUGACACGUGGUUUGGGUGGUCUCGCCCGAGUGUAUAGUUCUUGUGGCUGGCUAAUAUAGUGAGCAAGCCACAUCACAAAUCAAAUCUAACUCCUAGUUCUCAUCCUGAUUAGAGCAUGACAAAGAAAGUCCCAGACAGUGUGAGAAAAUGGUCCGCAUGCGGCUGCGCAUGAUGCACAGUUUCGGCAUGCAAAAUUGCAUGACAGCCCUGGGGGGAGGUGGGGACGUUUUUACACAGGAUAGAGCCCCGACAGCGAUUCCGAUACUAGCAAGUCGCUGUCGCCCAAGCGCAAGUAUCGUAAAGGAAAGUCCCCCCUCCCCAUACUGAAAAGGGAUACUUCUGAAAAUUUUUGAUGCUGAUUUAGGACCACAGAAUGAGAAUCAUUAUUGCAAGAAGGCAAGAAUAAACCCAGAGACUCCGCUGCAUUCUAAGAGAAUUUCAUAAUGCUGUAGUAUGGCAUUCAGAGGAUAGUUCUGCAUUGCUAGGCACCUACAACAAAAAGGCACUAUUCGGGCUUUGCAUCUGCCUGCAGUCCUUUACUGCAAGGCAGAGCUGAUCCGUGUACAACACGAAUGAUCCCGCGUUCCACAGAUUUCCGAUUCGAUAUUGGGAGGGGCGAAUUUUCAUUUUGAUAGCAAGCACGUCAUGUUCCCAGCCUGCAAACCGGACAAGACGGUGAAAGACGGGGUAAGAUAAAGCUUAAUCACAAUCACUAUGUAAUGCUGUAUAAAAAGUUUCUUGUUAUGUAAACGUAAGUCUAAGUAGUAGUACCAUCGAUCUUCACUACACUUCUUCAUCGUGUUCACCUGAGCAUGAGUGUAUCCAACGAGAUGAAUGAGGAUGUGCUGCGCUUUGCAAUGAGAAACACCACGGAACGAAAAUAACAAACUUUUUUGUUUGAAGACGAGACCUACAACUAGUAGAAUGUAGUUACAAGAACACAAUGUACAAGAAUAAGCAACACAACGGCGAACAGGAUAUCCAAGUGGGAGGAUGCCCCUCAAAGACAGAGGCCCCCAAGGAAAGGCGUCGCGGCGCGGCGUAGUGGGCUCCCUAAGUGUGUGAGCGCCGCCGGCCUUGCGCACCGGCGGGCGGGCAUAGGAAGCGGCCGGCCGGGCGCGGCAGGACAAUGCCAGGCCCUUGCGAAUACAGCAAAACCCGCGCUUCCCUGCCUAAGCAGAGCGACACACCCGCCCGGGCCCGCUUGCCAGCACGGCCCUACCAUUUUUGCUUCGCAGGGCCCGCAUUCUCUCCGGCGUGCUUCGGCGACGGCACGGGGCGCGGCGGGUUUUCGGAUCGACCCCGGGGCCCCUUGCGCUUACUCUAUACCCGCCCCGGGAUUGUUUCUGAUCCUAGCGGCCUCUGCAUCGCUGCGCGCGCCGAAUCACGAAACUCCGCCCGCCACGGGGACAGCGGCCUUGUUGGCGCUUGGUAGUUCUUUCGCAGACCCCAAAUCCGCCCCGCAGCCAAACAAUCAGGGGCGAGGGCACUGCGCGACGCGCCCUUGCGCCCCUAUUUUUUUGGCAUGCGCACCCCGGGCCCUCCGCCACCAUCUGGCCCCGACACCCCAGGGCCGGCGACCGUGAUUGUGUUGCGAGGCGGGCGGCUGUUUGCUUUUAUUGACUACCGCCCGAAACAGCUCGCCAUCGCCACCGCCUGCCAAACGCCCAAGCGUGACCUUCACGCCCUUUGGGCUUUCGCUGCCUGCGUGGGCCCCCUCGUCGGCCGAAUGUCGGCGACCACGCGCCACAGCCUGCGCGCGGGUUGCGCCCCGUUUGUGGUCUCGCCGCCCUAUUGCCAUAGCGUCGCCACAACUUUGCGGCCAUGGGUGCUGGCGGUUUCACGUUCGCGCACCGCUCCGAGACGGGUCCGCGCCUCAGCUUCCUGCUUUACCACCCCGCCGGCUACCGCAGUAUCGGGCUCCGUCUGCAUUUCGCAGGCGGGCCUUCCGCUUUUAGCUAUAGUAAUGGGGCCAGUAAAUGCACAUAUUGCUAGGCAUUUAAAUGGCAUAUGAAAAAAAAAAAAACUCUCAAAAAAAAUGAGCUCGCGCCGCCAUAUACAAGAAUAAGCAACACAACGUCGAACAGGAUAUCCAAGUGGGAGGAACGGUGGACAGCGACCAGCGGGAGCAAAGCUUCAAAAAAAUGCCCGUCAACAAGGUGCGGGCCAGCGAGUGCAAGGACCGGGUCGGGUUUUUCCACUGGCCAUCGUUGGACCAUCUGAACGGUUUGCCGCUCCGACGCGAUGUACUGCACGGCGUGGCUGAUAAGAACAGCAAGGACGUGGGUAUGGGAUAAAAAUGCUCAAACGUUACAUUCUCAGCUGUUGCAGGAUUUAGGAUGCGUCUUCAAAAGUGCCAUGUGAUGUCGAUCAGCAUCUUCGAGACGAUCAAGCUACUGCGCAUGACAAAUCUUCGAAGGGGCAAAACAGCGUGGAAACCUGUGCCAAACUUGUAUGUAGUAAUGCGAGAGGUGCAUCAAGAAGCUCCCUCCCUCGCCCUCCUGUCGCUUUUGGCAUUCUUGUUGCAUCACAAAAGGUCAUGCAACAUCUUCAGAAUGUAACGCUUGAGAGCCUCAUUUUGGGGUACUUCUUCCCAACGGCGCGACCACUACACUUCAAGGAUUUGAUAUCGUACGGAAAGAAUGUUGCACUGUAAGAGUUUUGCAAGGUCUAUAACACAUCAAGUUUGUUUUACAUUAUAUAUUUACGAAAGAAUAUAGAAAAUCAAAAUGCUGAUGUUCCAUCCGAGCCUCUCAGGCGGGGAAAACUACAACAUUCAUGCCCAAAAGUUCAUGGUCCGUGCUGCGUCAUCUUCUCCUGCAUCACAAGUUUACAGUGAAACAGUUUUAGCAUUUUCUUGCAUAUCGAAAGACCCCCAAGCAGAUUGGACAAAGUAAAAAAGAGAACCCCGACACCUUAUCCAACAAGGAGGAGCGGGGAUUGACCGACUUCGAGGACGAUGACGAAAUCGUGUUGCGCGGGGCGUUAUGCAUUGGAAAAGUAUAAUCGCACUCGUCGGAAUCUCAAUUUCAGUGAACACGCAUGACAAAUUAUCUCGCUUUUUAGGCACAGCAGCAUCUUCACAAAUUUCAUUUUUCCUUUCAGAAAAAUUUUAUUCUAUCCAGUGUCUACUAGUGCGAUCAUACUUUUGCAAUGCAUAGGCGUUUGAAUUCACCGCCACUCCCAUCGUCUGGGAGAAUCCGUUAUGCGUUGCAAAUAUGUCUGGGUCUGGAAGGCUGCAGCCAGCAACUUGUGAUGCAGAUUCUGGAAUAGGCAAAAAUCUGAAUCUGCCUUGCGUAGUCCGGAGAAGACUCGAGAUUCUUGUGUCCAGGACAGGGCAUUUCUGAUGCAAGCUGGGCAUGGAAAGACCUUCUUCGCAGAAUUUAUUGUCAUGCUUUGCGUGCACUCCAACCCGUCUCGCAGAUGCAAAAACUGCAAAGUAAAUGGCUGCGUUGUUCCAGACCCAGACAAGUUUGUAAUGCAUAUCCGUUCAUUGGGGCGGCCGCGGGAUAUGAAACGCAAAUUUUCGUAUAUGUCUCGGUCUACUGGUACUGGAAGAUUAGCAUGCUUGCGUGGCAUCAACGUCAUACAGGGUUUGUGUUUGACCCCAAAACGAAACCAUGUCAUGCAUGUUGCGGAAAGGCGCAGCUCUUUUGUUAUGUUGUAGAAACGCAGCGUAAUCCAUUUCCAUUCGCAUGCGCAUGCCCGUCAGAAGGUCAAGGUGGUACGGAAGGUGAACGCAGCGGACGCCUAUCUUCCCAUAGCUGUCUGCAGUACCAUAUUACAACCCAGACGUAUAAUCUUCACUUCAUAUUGGAACGCUGUACACGAAUCCCGACGACGACAAGUAUGAGCGUGCACAACGAGGACUUCCCGUUCCUUUCCCCGAACUAUUGAAAAUCAUACAUGACAAGCAACAGGAACACCACGGAAGUUCGCGUUAGUAGAUCAUAGAGUCUGUGCAUGACAAGCAUCUGGUGCCCAGACUGUAAUCACUGCCUGGCUGUGACCUUUGGGUUUCUGGAAUGUGUCAACAUGGAGAAAUCGUGGCAAAGGGGAUGAAAGUUGACAUUUUGCAUUUGUACGAAGGAGGGGAAGGGGGAGUUUUUAUGCACCCUCAUAUCAGCAGCCAGCCCGGUAGUGGUGGCGGCGGCGGUAGCGGCGGCACUGUCGGCGGCGGCGGCGCCUUUAUGCAACUAAGCGCUGGGCAGGAAACUCGGCGUCAAACGCUACGGCUGAUCGUUGCGGACUCGCGGGGUCUAUGCUUUGCAAAAGUAUCGUACUCGUAUAAAUGCAUUACAAAUUUUAAUUUUCUCAGCAUGAGAAAUAAAAUUUGUAAUGCGGAUUGCCCUUAAGAAAAAGAUUGUAAUGCAUGAUUGCACCAAUACGAGUACGAUACUUUUGCACAGGAUAGGGUCAGAACCAUCCGUUGUUUAACAAGGCCUACAGUGACGAACCCAAGGACUGGCACAUUCCAAAAAGCAGAGAGGUACUGGUGAUAGAAAAGAUGUUGAUGUUCUUUGCCAGCUGCAUCUUCGUUUCGGGCCGGAACAAGAAUUGUCAUACAUUCUCCAGCUUUGUCUUCAUGCAAACUUGAAUAGCCUGGCAGAGCGGUGUUGAUACUAUCCAUAUACAAAGAAAUAAACUACAAAUACUAGGCCUACAUGGUUGGCGGAAUAUCCACUGCAAAUGUAAUAUGAUCUGAGUCCUCUGGAAACGUACUCAAAAAGGAAAUGGAUCAACGCUUUGUAUUAGUAUUAUUUUUGCAGCGACAUUCAGAUUCACAUUGGUUUGCACAUGCGAAAACAAGUUGUCGUGCAUUUGUAUUUGUUACAACUUCACAAGUAAGUUUCCAGUGUCAGAUUGAUCUUUUGCUUGUGAUACGGAACUAUGGAUGACUACAUCGAUCUGGCGGAAUAUCGUAGGAAAAAAGUGUUUUGCUGAGCCGCUUUCUUUGAUAGUGCGUCACAUCUUCAAGUUUGUUGCUCUACAUGAUCAUCCGUGGCGAAGAGCAACGAUAUUGCCAUGCCGGCCCACUAAGACUAAUUCAGUAAGGGGAAUAUUAUUAAACACGCAACGGCAACGUGCACAAAAUGAGAAAAAACGCUAAAUAAAAAUCCUAAAAGCUACUAAGCCAGGUGCUGUAUUGCAAAGUGUUAUGCUUAGACAGGAAGUUGUGUUUACCACAGUGAAACGGUUUUUUCUUGCGAUGCCGAAUGCUGCUCGGUGGUGGUGCAAGCGAUGACGGACGACCACUAUUACAACCUGGAGGGCCAGAAGCAACCGGAGCGGUACUUCUACUUGUAGUCAUUCUCUGACAGGGUGGAUUCUAGUAGUACUUGGGAGAAUUCAUAAGGAACUUUUUUCGUGCUAGUCCUGUUCUUGAACGAGGUGCGCUUUAUUUUGGUGCCUUUAAUAGCUGUGCCUUUUUCUAUCCACAUGAGAAUUAUAUGCAGUGGCCUACACGAGCUGCAUUGGCAUGAUUAUAGAUGGUGGUGGUACGUGGACUUGAAAUGAAAUAUGAAUCUAGUCGAAUCCUCAGAUGUAUGAAUACUACGGAUUCAUCUCUCCAAACUGCAGGUUCGUCGUGCAGAAUUGUGUGGUGUUUACGGAGAACAUGCACGAGCACCUCUACGGGACGACGUCCACAACAACGACGUCGCAGGCUAUCCAGUGCAAAUACGUCUCAGGCUGGAACAAGAAUGCAAACUUGUGAUGCAUCCUGUACGUCACGACACUCACAGAACAAGAAUCUGUGUUGCAUGACUACCAAAAGUAGUUGCGCGAUUUUACUCAAGGUGGAAAGGACUUGUUUCUCAUGCAGAAUAUUAUCAGGCAUGAACAUGAUGGAGACAAGGACAACUUCGCAGAACAAUCUGUCAUGCUAGGUCUGCAUUCAUCCGGUGGACCUCAUCAGUCUGUAAUGGAAAAUAUGUAUCGCAAAUUUCUGCAUUCUUCCAGGCCCAGAUACAUUUGCAGCGCAUAGCCCCUUCUUUCCUGCAACUCGGUGAGACGGAAAUCGAGCUGCAAGUGACGGUCUAGUUGUAAAAAUCGCGACUGAAUCUUCAAGAAGAGGCGCAACAAGCUACUACACGAGAAGUAGCUGUAGAGAGGACUGAGGACGGUGAGGAUCUUGUUGAUGACGUUAAAAAGUAAAAAAACUAUUCUAGGAAAAUAUUACUCAUAUGUUACUGUUUCUGUUAGAAAGAUGAAAAAACGAUUCGAAUUUACACUUUUCACAGCACUGUAUAAUGGCUACGUCGAGUCCGUCGAUGCUGAGGGGACCUUGUAGUCUAGUCCAGUUUUGUUUUCUAAUCAAUUCUUGAUGCACCCACUUUUCGUACAAGCGCAAGAACGUCGUUUUUACUCAACUGAAAUUAACUUAUCCUGUAGUUGACCACUUUUUAGACGAUUUAGAUUUACUCUUACAACUCUCACAGAAGAAAAUGCGAAUGAAGAACGAAAAUUAAGUCGCGAAGGAAAAUGAACAUGCACCAAAAAAUAAAGUACUACGAACGUUUAAGUAUUCUACUUCCCAUGAAAAAUGAUUGUUAUUGUUUCUGUUUGAAGACGAGCAGAUACUUAAAGCCGCGAUGAACGAAUUCGAUAGCAGUUUCAACCUAGUACUGACCUCCUAGCGAGACCUGCGCUCAGAUACUGUGAAUGAAAUUAAGUUUCGCGACGAUUGAAAAAGUAUCCAUGCUGCUUUACAGUUUUGUCUACGAUAUUUCGAUUGUCACCGCGGAAGCAAAUGCAAAGAAAAGUGAACCACAACCAGCCAGGGACAGCAAGAUUUAGAUGACUAGAGGAUCAUGUAGUUGCAACAUCAGCCCCAUGUUGUCGGUGGCAAUCGCAAUUUUGCCUCGACACGGGAAAAGAUGGAGCAGUGACAGGAGGAGGGUCGGGGACACUCUUGCAUAAUUGUCCGCAAUUCAAAGAAAUUUCAAUUCGCACGACUAACUAUGACAAAAGAAAUCAUCGAGAAUAGUACACUUCGAUGCGCCUUGAUGCUGAAGAUUUUUUACGAAAAUGAAACUGUACACUAUGAUUUACUUUCAAUAGGUUUAAACAGCAAAGCGCCGCACCCUGGAACAGAAAG